CACUCGUGUCCAAGCACGGACGAGUGUCUAAACAAGACAAUAUUAGCUUCAACUGAGCCCCACAGCCUCCGCCGUCUCAGGUCCGGACUCUAAUUCGGUUCAGGGGGCUCGCCCUCGGGGGUUUCUGGAAGCUCGGACCGACGCGCAGCGACAGGAAAUGGGGGAGCGACGAUGAGUUUGUCGCGGAGCUUGACAGCAGAACUGGGAGGAGAAUCAACCGCAGCCGCAGACGUUAGCGACAACCGACAGACUUUCUGGGCAAACAUUACCGCUCCUGAAGACGAUGAGCGACCCUGAGCCCCCAAAGGUGGAACUUUUCGUGAAGGCGGGCAGUGAUGGUCAGAGCAUUGGCAACUGUCCCUUCUCUCAGCGCCUCUUCAUGGUUCUGUGGCUGAAGGGUGUGACCUUCGACGUCACCACCGUCGAUAUGAAGAGGAAGCCGGACAUCUUGAAGGACCUGGCUCCAGGGGCUCAGCCGCCCUUCCUGUUGUACUGCAAUGAGGUGAAAACCGACACCAACAAGAUUGAGGAGUUUUUGGAGGAAAAUCUCUGCCCUCCAAAGUACCCGCGCCUGGCGGCUCGUAACCCCGAGUCCAACACAGCAGGUGUGGAUGUUUUCUCCAAGUUUUCGGCCUACAUCAAGAACUCAAACCCUCAGGCUAAUGAGAAUCUGGAGAAAGGCCUGCUGAAGGCUCUGAAGAAGCUGGACGACUACCUGGGGUCUCCACUUCCUGACGAAAUUGACGAAAACAGCGCAGAUGAUGUCACUUCCUCCUCUCGUCCGUUUCUGGAUGGCCAAGAGCUCACUCUUGCCGACUGCAACCUGCUGCCUAAACUCCACAUUGUCAAGGUUGUGUGUUUGAAAUACCGGAACUUCAGCAUCCCCCAGACGCUCACCAACCUUUGGAGAUACUUGAACGCUGCGUACGCUCGGGAGGAGUUUGCCUCCACAUGUCCCAUCGACGAGGAGAUUCACAUCGCCUACUUCUCUGUAGCUAAAGCGCUCAAGUAGAGAGGGAACCUGGCAGGGGUGGGGGGAGUCAAUGUUAGCGACUACGUUUAUUUCAGUCACUCUUUUUUUUUUUUUAAUGUAUUUGGGUUUGUUUGACUUUAGUCUUUUAAAGGACAACAUUAAUUUGAUGAAGGUUUCAGUCAACUGCGGACGUGGUUUAGUAAAAGAAGGAGGAAGUUACAACAUUCUGUAUUCGCCCAAAACUGACAGUUCCUGCAGGAGUGUAUGAACAACACAAAUUCUCCAAGCAUAUAAAAUAUGUUACAUAACUUAGUUCUUGUUUUUGACCCGCUGAUGUGGCAGGUUCUGCUGGCAGGAAGUGAAUUGAGCGACAUGCUUUCGAAUGGUCCAUUUUGUUUCUAAAUGCAGUGAACCUUUGCAUGAAAGAGAGGGGAAGCAUCUGCGCUCAGGUUACUCAUGUUGCUCACGAACAUCAGGAAGUAGAGAGGGGUUUUUUUCCAACCUAAAACCGCUACUGUGGCAGGAAAUGGUUUCAAUAGACUUCCUCAGUGUUCAGGCAAAGCAGGCCUGAAGGGUUUCAUUCUAGCUUCGAUGGGCGGUUGUUUAACGGCGUCGCCUACUGGUGGGUGCAAACCUCUAACAGGAGAGAUGGAACUAGGCAGUUUGGUUGGUUAAAGAAUGAAGGAUUCCUAAGCAGUCAUUUUUCUUUUUGUUUGAUACAGUAGCUGACAAUACCAAAGUUUGCUGAAGAAAGACACACAUAGAUAUUGAAUCAAAUAUAUUAUGGAUGGUAAACUCUUUGAUUCUGUUUGCGGUGAACAGAUUGCUGAAAUUUGUUGUAUUAGUGAUGAAAAAGGAUUACAUUUUCGAGAAAAAAAAUUGAGCCAGAAAUUGUGACAGUCAUAAUCAUGAAAGUGCAAUUUGAAUUUUGCAGGAGGUGGUUGUCCAAAAGAAAACUUUGCUCCCACGACAGACAAUUUGACACCAGAUCACUGCGCUGCAGAGCAAGACUGCGAUGACACAGAUGCAAACAUGUGGCUCAGAGAGUCCUGCAAGUCUGUCUAAAACAGUCUUUAAAAAAUGCUGGAAAAUCAGUGAUGUACUGAGAGAAGUGAACCACAAUAUGGCAAGGGAUUGCUGGCAUCAUGUGUCUUGACUUUUGUCAAGCAAGAGGACCAGAUUGUAGCUGCCUGAAUUACCUCAUGUUGAGUGUCGUGGGACCAAAUCAGACAAAAUUAAAAGACCUAUAUCAGCAAGUCAAACUUUGUUUAUUACAAAACAGUUGCGUAUUUGCAAUAAUUUCAGGAAGUGUUCCGGUUUGUUGUUGAGUGUUCUUUAUGCACAAUUUCAAGUUUAUAUAUGAACCGUAAGUGCAAUUUUAGAUUUUAAAAAAAAAUCUCAUUUUAACUGUCAACAAUGCGCUUUUUUUUGGACAAAUGUUAUUGGUGUAUCCAGGUCCAGUGAAGGAGACACCCUUGCGCUUGAAUUCUUUGGCUCUCACUCAUUGUUACUUCGAACUGAAUCAAGCAGUUGAUCGCUUUCCUAGCUGUUUUAUUUGAAAGACUUUUAAAGCGUCGUUGUAAUUUGGUUGUGCCCCAUCAUUGCAAGAAUGUAGAACUGUUUCCCUCCAAAUAAAUCAACGUUUUGUAUUUUC